AUGGAGGCACUGGAUGGAUUGAACUCGGUACAACAGCAGGGUCUCUCCCGGGGUCUCGAUUCCUCAGAGAAAACCGCAAGUUUUGUGAGGCUUCUCCAGCAGCAUGGAGACCAGAAAUCGCUGUCAGCCGGGAGGCAUCUUCACUCUCAGGUGGCAAGAGCAGGACUAGACAGAGACACAUACCUUGGAAAUCUCAUUGUGAGAAUGUAUAGCAAGUGUGGAAGCCUCGAUGACGCUCGCCAAGCAUUCGAGAGGAUUCAUCGCCCGGACUCUGUCUCCUGGAACAGCAUCAUGGCCGCUUAUAUAAAGUGCGGGGAGAUCGAGCAAGCCAGACGGGUGUUUGAUUCCAUGCCCAGAAAGAGCAUCGUCUCGUGGAAUGCGAUUAUUGUUGCAUAUGCCCAGACUAGUCAUAUGGAGAUUGCAAAAGGCUUGUUUGACGCGGCACCUUGUAAAGACGUGGCUACGUGGAACGGUAUCUUGACAGGAUAUGCGGACAAUGGUCUUGUGAGCGAUGCGAAGAAUAUUUUCGACAAGAUGCCGGAGAGAAAUGUAGUGUCGUGGAAUGCUUUGAUUGCAGCAUUGGCCAAGAACUGGCAUUUUGACAAAGCGUUCGCGGCAUUUGCGAGGAUGGACGUCCAGCCCAACGCGGUGACGUUUGUGACGGUGCUGGACGCGUGCGUCGGCGCCGGGGCCACGGGUGGGGGACUGGCUGCCGGCCGUCACGUCUUCGCUCGCGCCACGGCCAUGGGAAUGGUGGGCGCCGAGAUCAAAGUGGGCAACGCGCUCGUCAACAUGUUUGCCAAGUGCGGCAGCCUCGAGGACGCCAGGGCGACGUUCGAUCUCAUGCCCCGGAAGAACGCCCGGUCUUCCACGAUCAUGAUCGCCGCGCUGGGUAGCUUUGGGCGAUUGGAGGAGGCGCGAUCGCUGCUAGAUUCCAUGGAGAUCAAGACGCUCUUCGCGUGGAAUGCGAUGAUCAGCGCUUAUGCCCAGGCCGGCCGCGCGCGCGACGCCCUAGAGACGUUCGAGCGCAUGGACGUGGAGCCCGACUCCAUCACAUUCAUCGGCGUAUUAGAGGCCGCCAGCUGGACGGCUGACCUAAGCACCGGCCUCCACGCACACGCCAGCAUGGCACGGUGUGGCAUCCACGUAGACACCCACGUGGGCAACGCGCUGGUUAACAUGUAUGGUAAGUGCGGCAGCGUGGCGCACGCCAGGGAGGCGUUUGAGGCGGUGCGUGACAAGAACGUGGUGACCUGGACGUGCAUGAUAUCGGUGUAUGCCCAGAACCGGCAUGCCAGCGCGGCAUUCCGGACGUUCCAGCUCAUGGACCUCCACGGUGUCGCGUCCAACGAGGUGACGCUCGCUAACGUGGCAGACGCAUGCGCCGAGCUGGCUGAGUUCCCUGGCAUGGCCAAGGCCGUACACGAGGUGGCCAUGGAGUUGGAGCUAGACCGCGAUGUGGUUCUUGGGAGCGCGCUUGUUACCAUGCACGGCAAGUGUGGCAAUCUCGGCGCCGCGCGGCGGGCAUUCGAUCGGAUCGAGCGGCGGAAUCUCGUCUCCUGGACGGCGAUGAUCGCGGCGCUGGCCGAGAAUGGGGAUCGCGAGGGCGCCUGGGAUCUCUUCCGGGCGAUGGAGCUGGAAGGGAUCGAGCCGGACGAGGUGUGCUUCAUGGGAGUCCUGGCGGCGUGCAAGAACGCGGGCGAGAUCCAGAGCGGAUUCGAGUAUUUCCAGUCCAUGACCGAGGAUUACAGCAUGGAUCCAUCGCCGGGGCACUAUACCUUCUUGAUCGAUCUGCUAGCGCGAUCCGGGAAGCUGGAGCUCGCCGAGGAUCUGAUCCGAGGCAUGCCAUUCGAGCCCCAGGCGUGGACGUGGACGUCCCUGCUGGGGGCUUGCAAGAUCCACUGGGACGAGCGGCGUGGGGCGAUGGCGGCGCAGCGCGCGCUGGUGAUCGAUCCGCGCAGGACGGCGGCGUAUGUGAUCCUCUCCGAUAUUUGCGGCAAGAACAGUGUGGGAGUAUAA